GGAAAUUCUGCCAGGCGGAAUUCUGAACUUUAGUCAUGUAACUUGAGGGGCACGUUGAACAAGCACGCCCUCCGAAAUCAUCAUUACUCCAGUUACUUCCACAGCGCCGUGAAGAAACUAAGCACCUCUCAGUCAUGAGCAAGUACGGCGUGAUGGUUAUGGGCCCCGCGGGGGUAGGCAAGUCGACCUUCUGCGCAAGCCUCAUUACGCACCUCCAGCUAAACCGCCGUUCUGCGUUCUACGUGAACCUCGAUCCUGCGGCCGAGCACUUCGAGCACCCGCCAGACCUCGACAUUAAAGACCUGAUCUCGCUGGAGGAUGUGAUGGACGAGUUGAAACUUGGCCCCAACGGGGGGCUGCUCUACUGCUUCGAGUUCUUAAUGGAGAACCUGGAUUUUCUUUCAGAAGCCCUCGAGUUUCUGACGGAAGAAUAUCUCGUCAUCUUCGACAUGCCGGGCCAGAUCGAACUCUACACCCAUGUCCCCGUCGUCCCAACCCUGAUCAAGUUCCUCACGCAGGCGGGAGCCUUGGACAUGCGGUUAUGCGCCGCGUACCUUCUCGAUGCCACGUUCGUCAUCGAUCGCGCAAAGUACUUCGCCGGGUCGCUCAGCGCAAUGAGCGCCAUGAUCAUGUUGGAGAUACCGCACCUCAACAUCCUGAGCAAGAUGGACUUGCUCAAGGACCAGAUGCGGAAAAAGGACUUUAAGCGGUUCCUCGUGCCGGAUACGACGCUACUCGAGGACGACCCGGCAGAUCGCUCGCGGAGAAAAGUCAAAGUCGACGUCCAUAGCGCAGACCCCACGGACAAGGACGCCAUCAUGUCUGGCGCGACCUUCAAGCAGCUGAAUGCGGCCGUUGCCAACCUCAUUGAGAGCUUCAGCAUGGUCAGCUACCUGAAACUCGACAGCACCGAUGAAGACAGCGUGCAGGCGAUUCUCAGCUACAUCGACGACUGUAUACAGUUCCACGAGGCACAGGAGCCCAAAGAGCUGGCUGACGAGGAAUACGAUGAGGACGAAUGAAUGAUUUUUGGUUUCCUUUUCGUUUCGGGGGAGGGUCGGGGAACAAAUGAUUGUUUAGACAGGCUUGAUGUUUCGGCACGGUUGGAUUCGUUUUUGCGGUCAACGGCCCAAGGUGAUUUGCAUAGCGACGGCGCCCGGAUCACAAAAUUGUGCCUGUAUUUUUUUUUUGUUUUUUUUCUCUCUCCGCGGGCUUUUGGGCUUUUGCGAUCAUGUCGAUGUCAUUCCGAACGA